GCCUCUUGCCCUUGACCUCUCAAGAAUAGCCAAGUGCUACUGCUCUCAAUCUCUUUCUUCAUUUUCCCUAUUUCACAGACAAACACAAACCCAAGGCAGGAGAAGAAAUCAACGACGCAGAUACACUCCGAUUGAUUCCUUCUUCACCAGAUCUCCGACCUUCCUGACCGAGCGAUCCCGAAAUCAUGUUUCGUCAAGUAGCUUCUCGCCUCCUUACUCGUCCUACCACCACUUACUCCGCCGCCGCUUCCGCCACCACUCGCCGUCCGUUCGCCACAGAGGUUGUGGCCGAUACCACAUCGGGAGACGAAGCGUUUGUAGAGGCUUGGAAGAAGGUUGUUCCCAACAUAGAUCCACCAAAGACUCCUAGCCAGUAUAUGCAUCCUCGUCCUCCUACCCCUUCCACUUUGCCCACUAAACUCACUGUCAAUUUCGUCCUCCCUUACGCUUCUGAACUUUCUAAGAAGGAGGUUGAUAUGGUGAUAGUUCCAGCAACCACAGGGCAAAUGGGUAUUUUACCAGGACACGUGCCAACAAUUGCAGAGCUAAAACCCGGUCUUCUCUCAGUCCAUGAAGGAAAUGAAAUCAAGAAAUAUUUCAUCAGCAGUGGCUUUGCUUUCAUUCACCCAAACUCUUAUGCAGACAUAUUGGCUGUUGAAGCUGUUCCCCUUGACCGAGUUGACCCAGCCCAGGUACAAAAAGGGCUAAACGAGUUCACUCAGAAACUGAGUUCAGCCACAACUGACUUGGAGAAAGCUGAAGCCCAAAUUGGGGUGGAUGUUCAUAGUGCUCUUAACUUUGCUCUUACUGGUUAGAGUAAGGUGAGUGAUUGCCUAAUGGGUCUACUUUGUUUUGUGAUCCUUUUGGAUUAAAUAAUAAUAUGCCAUUGUUAAUGGCUAUUUGGAAGAUUUUUGUGGGGGGAUGAAUUUCAUUUGAUAUCAUAUUUAUACCUCUUUUGUUGUAGUAAGUUGAAACGGGAAUGUUGAGAAAUGAUAUUAGUUGCUUGCAAGUGCGUUUGGUUCAAAGAAAUAUCAAAUAAUAUAAAAGACGUUGUGAUAUAA